GUAACACUUUGAACACACUUGCACUUUGCUUCACCAAAUAGUCCCUGAAGCUUUGGACAUCAUCUGGGCCUAACCGAAGCUAUUGUCUUGCCAGGAACCACGAUGGACCACCUCUUUAGGAUGAAUUGGCUGUUUUAUCUCACCUUUCUGUGCUGCUUUGCUUCAGUUUUCCAAGACACUCUUCCAAAUCCAAACAUUACAGAUCUUUCCCACAAGAACAUGGACUUUGCUGUGAACCUCUAUCGAAGAAUAUCCAGCUACCAUGACAAAAACAUCUUCUUCUCACCUUUGAGCAUCUCCACAAGUUUCGCCGCUCUGCUUAUGGCCACAGGUGGUGUCACUCGUGAUGAAAUUUUAAAUGGACUUAACUGGCAGCAACUUGAUAGAGCAAACGAGCCGGAGAUCAUUCCACAACUGUUUCAUCUCCUCUACAAAAACAUCACGCAAAAUGGGUCCCUCAGCCUAGACCAGGACAUGGCAAUGUUUGUAAGUGAUAAGCUGAGCAUGGAGAAGACCUUUGAGGAACAGAUGGAGAAGUAUUUUGAAGCCGACAUCAAAGCGGUGGACUUUUCCGACAUGAGACAGAGUGUGGCCUACAUUAAUAACUAUAUUAAGGACAAGACUAACGAUAGAGUACAAGACAUGAUUUCCAGUCUUGAUGCAGGGACCCAGCUCAUGAUCUUAAAUACAAUAUUCUUUAGAGGAAAUUGGAAGAGCCCCUUUAACCCCAACUUCACCAAAACAGAAGCGUUCUACAUCGACAAUUACCACAUGGUGAAUGUGCAGAUGAUGUACAAGGAGGCCCGGUUCUUCAUGGGGCACGACCAAGCUCUCCGUGUGAAAGUGCUGAAGAUUCCUUAUGAACAUGACGUUUCACUACUCAUCGUUCUGCCAAAUGAAGGAGUGGAUUACACGGCUAUUGACGAUGAGAUAAAUGCGGACAGGUUCCAGGAGUGGUUGCAGUCUCUGAGACCAUUAAAAGUAGAAGUCCAUCUGCCAAAAUUCAAGCUGGAGCAGUCGUAUGAACUGCACAACCUUCUCCCUAACUUGGGCGUUAACAUUCUUUUUACGGAUUCAGCCAAUCUGACAAAGCUCCAUAAGGACCAAGACAUGAAGGUGUCUGAGGUUCUGCACAAAGCUGUGAUCGACGUGGAUGAGACCGGGACCACAGCAGCAGCCGCCACAACAAUUGGCAUCAUCCCCUAUUCUUUACCCCCCUCAUUCAUCGCCAAUAGACCCUUCUUCUUCUUCAUAUACCAUGAAGACACUAACACUCUGUUGUUCAUGGGCAGACUCAUCGACCCUACAAAAGUCUAGACCAUUAGAAUGCCUUAACUUUUCUUUUUAACAUUUCUAACUUGCGUUGUAAAGCUCCAUUGGAAUUCCUAAACUGUCGAUAAAAUGCUACACCAUUUAAGCCUGUAAAAAUGUAUACUGGUACAUUCAGAAAUCAAAUUACUUUCUUGGGUUCUUAAAGGUGCACAGUAGCUUUUCUGGCAGAGAGUUUGCCACCUGCUUGUCUCCACACAGAUUCAAUUUCAAUUUCAAUUUUAUUUCUUCCACAACUUUAAAUUAUAAAUUUUAAUCCCACAAUAGGUGCACACUUAUAUUUAUACUUGUACAAUUUGACAUAUAUUAUGUACGCAAUAUGUGAAAACUGUAAAAAAAAAAUACAAAAAAACACAGACACAUAAUAUGGGGUCCAUCACCACUGUGUGAUUAAUUUAAUGUCUUGACAGAUUCAGGUUUUGGUUAAAGUACAACAACAGACAAGACAGUAAAUUAAUAAUAUUAAUGAUGAUAAUAAUAAAUGCAAAAGGAAAAAAAAAACACAACAAAAAAAAUUAAAUUUAAUAAUAAUAUAAUAAAAAUAAACACAAAUUUUAAUAAAUAAAAUGACAUAAAGAUUGCCUUAUUUGGAAUGUCCCACAGAAUGGAUUUAUUCAAUUACACAUGUUUUUACUGCUCAAAAAUGUAUUGGAUCACUUCUUCCCUGAUCUGACCUGUACCUGGCCUGGUGAUGUUACAUUCCUGGAAAUAAAUAAAUG